GCACUUUAUCAGCAGCCAUCCAUGUCAUUUUCUGCAUACCAUCGUAAUGAGUGUGAACUUCAGAGUAUUUGUUCAAUUCAUCGCAAGAGAGAAAUGAAGCCAAACUAGAUUGCAGUACAAGUUCGUUGAAUUUGAGAAUGGCUUCCACUCUAAGCCAAAGCUUGAAAUGGAUUCCUUCAGGAUCUAACCUCUGCUAUGCAAGAUCCCAAGACCCUGCAGUCGGAACAAGUAGGAGGAUCCGCGUUACUGUUCACCCUGCCAAAAUCAGAGGGAAGAAAAAAAUCAUGGCCUCCCUGAGCCCAACAGAAAACAAGACGGUUUCUCUCAGCCCAACAGAAGACAAGACGGAUCAAUAUAACAAAGAAAUGCAGCGUCAGAUGAGAAACCCAUACGAAUACCAUCAUGAUCUGGGAAUGCAUUACACUCGUAUCACACCCAAUUUGAUUGUGGGGUCACAGCCUCAAAGUGUUGAGAAUAUUGACAAAUUGAAAGAGGAAGAAGGUGUGUCUGCAAUCUUGAACUUGCAGCAGGAUAAGGAUAUUGAGUAUUGGGGAAUCGAUCUGAAUUCCAUUGUUGGGCGUUGCAAUGAGUUGGGUAUUCGGCAUAUGCGAAGGCCUGCACGGGACUUUGAUCCAGAUUCUUUACGAAAGGAACUGCCGAAGGCAGUAUCUUCUUUACAGUGGGCAAUCUCAAAGGGGGGUACUGUGUAUGUUCACUGCACAGCAGGUCUAGGAAGGGCACCGGCUGUCGCAAUUGCUUAUCUUUUCUGGUUCUGUGACAUGGAUUUAAACACAGCAUAUAAUAUGGUGACAUCAAAGAGGCCUUGUGGGCCAAAGAGGGAUGCAAUCAGAGGUGCCACAUAUGAUCUGGCAAAAAAUGAUCCAUGGAAGGAGCCUUUUGAGAGUCUUCCUGACCAUGCUUUCACAGGUGUUUCAAAUUGGGAAAGAAAGCUAAUUAAAGAUAGAGUCCGUGCCAUUGGUUAUUGAUAUUGGUUAUUGUUUCCAAAUCAGAGAUAAGUAGCUUAAGGUGAAAAGCAUGUGUCCUGAUAUUGGUACAUAAGCAUUUUAAAGAGUCUAUCAUGUCAGAAAUUUUUCUACGUUACACAGGUGGAGUCAGAGCAGGUUUACACGUAGGAGAAAUGAAGGUUCGAUAUGGAUCUGUCAACCAUAUUAAUAUUGUUGCAUUCAUCUCCAGAUAAAGCAUAUUCGUUCUGUAUGUGGGAAAUAUCUAGAAAUAGUAAACACUUUUAAAAUUAUUUAAAUAAACAAUUGAUGUGAAGGGUAUUGCCACAGGAACUUGUUUGGAGCUAUCAAUGCAAUCCAUGGUGAGGCACCAAAUGAAUACUCUUAACUGAAAUAUUCAUGCACAGCGUGCAGGUGUAGGAGAAAUGAAUGUUAGAUAUCUGUCAAUCAUAUGACUAUUGUUACAUUCAAUUUCAGAGGUGGAUGUCCAUUCUCUGUGUACGAAAUAUUUGGAAAGGGUAUACACCUUAAAUUUAUUUUGACUAACAAUUAGUGCGACUA